GGCCAGGGCAUUACAAAACUCAUUUCAAUUAUAUUCUUCUUCUCAAACAUGGAAUCUUCUUUCUCCUGGUAAACAAAAACAAUAAACAGAUCUGUAAUCGUGUUCUUGAUUUCGUGACAAACGAGAAAUUAAAACAGAUUUUGAUCUCCGAAGCACGAGAGAGACAUGGGAAGUGCGGUGACGAAAUCUGAAGCUCAAGAAUGGGUACCAGAGACAAAGCUAGAAGCCAAGAUCAAAGAAGCCAUGCAACGCAGGGAGUCCAAAGGCACCACAAUGAAAUCUUUCAACAGUAUUAUCCUCAAGUUCCCAAAGAUCGACGAGGGUCUCCGAAACUGCAAAGCCAUUUUCCAAGAGUUCGAUGAGGAUUCAAAUGGGUCGAUUGAUCACUCGGAGCUAAAGAACUGUUUCAGGAAGCUAGAGAUCUUGUUUGAAGAAGAAGAGAUAAAUGAUUUGUUCCAGGCUUGUGAUAUUAAUGAAGAUAUGGAGAUUGCAUUUACUGAGUUCAUUGUGCUUCUCUGCCUUGUCUACCUUCUUAAGGACGACUCAUCCACUCUCCAAAAGAAAUGGAGACUGGGGAUGCCGAAGCUGGAACCAACGUUUGAGACGCUAGUGGACACGUUCGUGUUCCUGGACGAGAACAAGGAUGGACAUGUGAGCCGCGAGGAGAUGUUCCGAGCCAUUGAUGAAUCUGGAGAACGUUCCUCAGGGAGGAUAGCACUGAAGAGAUUUGAGGAAAUGGACUGGGACAAGAAUGGUAUGGUGAAUUUUAAAGAGUUUCUGUUCGCAUUUACGCUGUGGGUUGGGAUAGAUGAGAAUGAAGAUGAUGAUGACGAUAACAAUGACAAGGCUUGAUGCAGAAUGUAGUAGUAACAAACUAUAUUAGUUGAUCUGUUUUAUGUUGAUGCAAACAGAAUAUUCAUUACCAUACACACAAACCAUUAUGUUAAGCAACAAAGCUUAUUAGUAGUA